CCGGAACCGGGGAGGACAAAGGCAGAUCGAUACUGCGCAACCCCGCCCAGGCUCAGCACGGGACGCUGCUGCCUCCGUGUGAUCUGGGAUCCCGAGCUGAGCCACUGCUGCUUCCCCGGGUCCUCCUGUCCUUUCCCUGCUUCCUCCUGUGCCCAGCCUGCGGUGGGGGAGGGAGUUUCUCCAGCGGGAACCAGCCCCGGGCUCUGCCGACCCCAGCCCCUGUGCCGGAGACUCCAGGUGAGAGAGGCCUCGGGGACAGCGCUGGGAGCGGCAGGAAGAUCGUCUCAUCCUCCCAUGGGACACGGAAAAGAAAUGGCUGCUGUUGAGCCAGUCCAGGGGCCGGUGACCUUCGAGGAGGUGGCUGUGUAUUUCACCAAGGAGGAGUGGGCUCUGCUGGACCCUGCUCAGAGAGCCCUCUACAGAGACGUCAUGCAGGAGAAUUAUGAGAACGUGACCUCGCUGGCAGGUGACUGGAUGGUGAGUGAGAAUCAGGAGCAGAAUCCUCAACAGGCAGAUGCUAAGCAAGUGGAACUGCACAGAGCAUUAUCACAAAGAUCUAAAGGAACUGUGUCCAGGAGUCGUGAGCAGGGAAAAGUUUGUGAGAUUCAGCACAGGUCAAAGAGGCGAAACCAGCCAGGGGAGAAACUGAGUAAAUCUACAAAUAGUCCAGGAACUCACAAGCACCUCAAGGAAACCAGAGCCCAGCAAAGAAUCCCCACAGGAGAGAAAAACAACACAUGCACUGAGUGUGGGAAAAGCUUCAGUAGCCCCUCAAAGCUUAUUAGGCAUGAGAGAAUCCACACAGGAGAAAGACCCUAUACCUGUUCUGAGUGUGGGAAAAGCUUCAAUGAUAUGUCCCCCCUUAUUAGACAUGAGAGGGUCCAUAUAGGAGAAAGACCUUAUGAAUGCUGUGAGUGUAGGAAAAGCUUCACUCAGAGUUCAGCACUUAUUAGACAUCAUAGAAUCCACACAGGAGAAAGACCAUAUGAAUGCUCAGAGUGUGGGAAAAAUUUCAAUGACAACUCGCACCUUCUCAGACAUGAGAGAAUUCACUCGGGAAAAAGAGCCUAUAAAUGUUCAGUGUGGUUUCCAGUUUCCAAACUCGAUGUGAUCUCCCAGCUGGAAGAAAGGGAUGAGCCAUGGGUCUCAGAUCUCCAUGGCUCUGAAGAAAGAGAGAUCCCGAAAGGUGCCUGCACAGGUGAUGAGGGGAUGGUGAAUGAGAACAAGGAGCCGAAUCCUCAGCCAGAAGAGGCUGAGCAAGUGGAACUGCAUGGGGCAUUAGUGCAAAGAUCCCAGUUGAUUGUGUCCAGGAGUCGUGAGCAGGGAAAAGCCUGUAAGAGUCAGCACAGACCAGAGAGGCAGCAGGGAACCCAGCCAGGGGGAGAAAUGGGUAACUCCAUUAAUUAUCGGAGAGUUUACAAAGACCGCAAGGAAACCAGAGCCCAGAAGAGAAUCUCCCUGGGAGACAGAAACAACACAUGCGCUGUGUGUGGGAAAAGUUUCAGUAGCCACUCACACCUUACUAAACAUGAGAGAAUCCACACAGGAACCAGGCCCUAUGAAUGCUGUGAGUGUGGGAAAAGCUUCACUCUGAGCUCACACCUUACUAAACAUGAGAGAAUCCACACAGGAGCCAGGCCCUAUGAAUGCUGUGAGUGUGGGAAAAGCUUCACUCUGAGCUCACACCUUCUUAUACAUCAGCGAAUCCACACAGGAGACAGGCCCUAUGAAUGCUGUGAAUGUGGCAAAAGCUUCACUGACAGCUCAACCCUUAUUAGACAUGAGAGGGUCCACACAGGAGAGAGACCCUAUGAAUGCUGUGAGUGCGGGAAAAGCUUCACUCAGAGCUCAGCCCUUGUCACACAUCAGAGAAUCCACACGGGAAAAAGACCCUAUGAAUGCCAUAAGUGCGGGAAAAGCUUCAGUCGGAGCUCAACUCUUAUUACACAUCAGAGCAUCCACACAGGCGAGAGACCCUAUGAAUGCUGUGAGUGUGGGAAAAGCUUCAGUCAAAGCUCAUCGCUUAUUACACAUCAGAGAAUCCACACAGGAGAAAGACCCUAUGAAUGCUGUGAGUGCAGGAAAAGCUUCAGUUACCGCUCAGACCUUGUUACACAUCAGAGAAUCCACACAGGAGAGAGACCCUAUGAAUGCUGUGAGUGCAGGAAAACCUUCUCUCGGCGCUCACACCUUAUUACACACCAGAGAAUCCACACAGGAGAGCGACCCUAUGAAUGCUGUGAAUGCGGGAAAAACUUCCGCCAGCUCUCAGCCCUUAUUAGACAUCAGAGAAUUCACACAGGUGAGAGACCCUAUGAAUGCUGUGAGUGCAGGAAAAACUUCCGUCAAAGCUCAGCCCUUACUGCACAUCAGAGAAUCCAUACAGGCGAGAGACCCUAG